AUGAAGACUGUCGAGUCCGUCGCCCUUGAGGUCUUCGGCCUCAUUGAUGACGACCAGCCGGAGGCCGCCCUCCGCAAGGUUCAGCAGUAUUUCCGCAGCGUCAAGGGUGCCGAGCGUCAUCCGACUCUGCUGUCGCUGCGGUCCCUGUGUCUCGUGCGCUCCGGCGAGACGGACAAGGCCCUGGCCGACGCCAACACCGUCAUGCAGCUGGUCGAUCGGACGCGUGCGCUGGACCAACUGUCCCUGCACGCGCUGUCGGUGGUCUUCACCUCGACUGACCGGCACUACGACUACUUUGACCUGCUGGACAAGCUGGUGGCCGCGGCCCCGCGCGGCAGCCCGCACCACUCGCACUACAUUUGCCUGGCCUUCCUGUCACGGAUGGGCAUGGUGUCGCCCUCAUUGGCCGGCGCCGAGCUCGCGAGCGAUGACCCUUACCGCGCCAACCUGACCCGGGUGCUGGCGGGCCGCGAUCUCGGGACGGUGUUAGGCCACCUACCGGUCCCGGCCUCCGAGGGAGUGGCAUUCAGCCAGGUUCCCGGGGAUCUCGAUGUCCCCGGGUCUGACCGGCCGUGGGGCUCAUGCUCCGGCCGGCUGAGCGGCAGCGCCGAUCUCGAUGGCGAUGGGCUCUUGGAUCUUGUGUGUCUGCUGGAUCCCGACGCCGCUGGCCGCCAAGAGGCCAGCUUCCUCCUGCGAAUGGCAGGCGCGCGACCCCUCUUCGCGGCGGAUCCCCGCUUCCCCGCGGUCCCGGUGUCUUGCGAGGCUGGCAGCUCGGUCGCCGGCACCCUGGUGCUGGAUGCAAAUGCAGAUGGGCUUUUUGACAUGGCUGUCACUUGUGAGAAGACCCUCCCCGGGAAUGUCUUCUCCGGGGGGUACACCGCGCCACCGGCGACAACCCAGCUCUUCGCCGCGUCGGAGGACAAGCCGGGCUUUCACCGGGCCGGCAAGCCGGUCGCCAGCCUGGGGAUGCCCCUGCCGGCGGACCCCCUCGGAACCGGGCACCCGAUGCUGCUGGGGUUUCAGCCGGCGGAGUCCGGCGCCGGUGCCACCCUGCGAAGCUGGGUCCUGCCGACGGGCGAGCCGCAUCGGGCCCUGGCCACACUGGCCGGCUGCGAGCCGGCCCCUCUGACAGCCUUCCCGUAUGUGGACUUUGAUGGCGACUGUUUGCCAGACCUGCUUAUUUUGUGCGCCGACCGCCGGACCAUGGUGGCCCUGUCGCCGAUCGAUCCGCACAACACCCAGUCUGCCUGGCAGAGCCGGGUGGUUUUGGCACUGACAGGCGAUGUCCCGGUUCCCGGGCAUCCUGGCGCCGUGGCUGGCCUCUGGCAGCCAUACCCGGUGGAUGUCGCCCCCGCUCCCGGGGCCGGGGACAUCAGCCACACCCUGGUGACCAUCCAGCCGCAGAGCACCUACGCCAGCUGGAGCAGCAGCCCACCGCUGGCCGACCCGGCGUGGGCCUUCUGCCACUACACCUCGCGGGGGCCGGAUUGCUUGGGACACGGGCCGGCCGCCUCGCGCCCGACGUGGCGCCAGAGCCCGGGAGCCGUGGCCGUCGGGCUCUUCGGCCGGACACCAGCCUUUGGUGUGGUGGCCCAAGUUUCGGUGACCGUGCCGUCGGCCGGCCGGCGCGCAGAGCCUGCUUCGCUGCCGGUCGUCUUGGAGGGCGUCCUUCCAAACACACUGGUCCGGCUCCGGGAGCAACGUGCCCUGGCCGGCGGGACUCCGGCCGCCCCUGGCGCCGCCCUCCUGACGCAGCAUCUCCCCCCGGCGCCGCCCCCCUCGUUGGUGGUCACCGUGUGCGUCGGGGCCGCCAGCGUGCUGCUCCUGCUGGUGCUGUCCUAUGGCGCCCUGUGGUGGGGCGCCCGGCGGUCGGUCCAUCGCGCCCGGCGCCUGGAGAAGGUCCACCUGAUGAACUUCGAGGCCCUGUAG